AUGCAUUCCGUGGCUGACCCAGAGCUCGACGACGAUCGUCGUCUUCGUGUUCAAAUCUCGGAGCGGGAUUUACUUUGCAUCAACGGGUGUGGCUUCUACGGGACUCCGCAAUGGGGCAACCGCUGUUCGAAAUGCUGGCGAGCACAUCAAAUUGCUGAGAAGCGAGACCGUGACUACGCUCGCAACAAAACGCUGCUCACCUUCGAGAAAUUUGAGGAAAAGCGCAAAUUGUCGACUGAAAGUCGUUCGUUGACUUUUCGCAACAUCAUGAAGAAAUCGCCGUCAAUUCUUUCCGGUGGAUCUGGCGAUAAUUCGAGAGAUGACCGUGAUCGAAGGAGCUCUACAGCAACCCAGUUACGUACUCGCCAACUUUCUCCUGACUCGUCUGAAGCCCGUGUCAAAUACACCGACUGGUUGAUUGGAAAUUUGCCUACCAGCGUUGUCCAAGAGAUCACGAGAAUGACGAAAUAUGCUGAGAAUAGAAUCAACGAGUUUGACGUGGUUCCCGAAGAGCUCUCCGAUCAAGUGCAAACCUUCUACCAGCAUCUCAACGAUCGGCUGAGCCACAACAAGUUCUUUGUCAACCAAGAUCCGGCAUUCGUUCAAGAUGUGAUGGAACAGGUCGAGCGAUAUCUCUCCGUGACCACCUACAAUCGCCUGUUCUGUCCGUCACCCGAAGAAGAGGCUGGUGAUCUUUCCCUUCAAGCUCGCAUCCGGAGCCUGAAUUGGGUGACGUCUGGCUUCUUGGAAAUGAAACUCGACUUCACGAAGGCUGAGGUCCUCGAAAGCCUGGAUGACGCUAUCACCGAAUGUAUUUCUAUCAACUCACCUCGGAGAAUGGAUGAAAAGCUGGACUGUCUUCUCAAGUGCUGUCACUGCAUCUUCGAUGCCCUGAAGAAAAGCGGCGCCCCGACGUCGGCUGAUGAAUUCCUUCCCGUGCUGAUUUUUAUACUGAUUAAGGCAAAUCCCCCACUCCUCCAGUCUAACGUCAAAUACAUUUCGCGCUACGCGCUGCCACAUCGGGUCAUGAGCGGAGAGUCAGGCUAUUUCUUCACCAAUCUCUCGUGUGCACUCCAAUUCGUCCAGAACAUGAACCACGAAUCGUUGAAGAUGGACAAACGCGAGUUCGAAGCGUACACGAGUGGCCAAAUCCAACCACCACCGUCUGCGGCCAAUUGUGGCUGUAACCAGGCUAUUUCGACAAUGGAACAAACGGCAAAGCGUUUCGAAAAUUUGCUGACCGAGCAGCAGAAGUUUCUGGAGGAGGCUGAAGAGUUUGCGCGACAGAUUGAAAUAGACGAGGCUCGUGUGAUGGAAGACUACGAAGAGGUCUUCCAGACGUAUCCAAAAGCCGAUUUGGUCGAUGCGAUGCACUCGGCCGAAAUCGAGGAACAGAAAACGGCCGAUAUGCUGAAAGAGUGUGGGAUCACCCAA